AUUAAACCCCAUAAAAAUUUGCAAACAAGAAAAUACCCAAAUAAAAUUGUAAGUAAGUAGUUACCUGUUCUCCCAAGAACUUUGAAGAUCUCCUGACAGACUACCGAAUAGCUUCAUAUCCACCAAAAGUACUCAGGUACUCAGGCCUCAACGGUCAAUCGCCCCCAACUCACCAUGGCCGUGGUCCUCCGCUGCACGGAAUGCCGCCCCCCGCCGGCGCGCUACGGGACGGUGACGGCGGAGUGCAGCGUGUACUACCCGCGCCCCCGCUGCGGCCAGCAGCGCCCCAAGCCCUUCCUGAGGGAGCCGCCCCCGUACUGCGAUCCGACCCCGUCCAACGCGCCUAGGGAACCACCAUGCUGCUACGACUUCCCCUGCAAAGCCCACUGCUUCAACCACGGCGCAGCCACGCGGCCGAGCGGCCGGUACGCUCGCACCGUGUGGUACCCCGGCGAGUGCUGCCCCAAGGUGCCCCCGUGCCAGGCCUUCACCUGCCCCAACCCGCCCUUCCAUCCGUGCUGCUAUUACACGUGUAAUAAGCCUUGAGGGUUUGGAGUCCUUGGGGCAAGAUUGUUGUGCUGUUUGGAGAACAAUGGGGCAAGAUUUGAGUGAUGAUUGGAGAAGAAUGGGGCAAGAUUGAUGUGCCAUAUAGAGACCUAUAGGUGCAAUAUUGGUGUGUAGUGUAUUGAAGCCUAGUAGGCGGUUGGUCUGGAUACCUAGGUACUUAUUUUGUGGCUGAUCUGAUGAUGUAAACUGAUGUGGGUACUGGACUGGCUGGUGAUGUCACUUGAAUUAAAAUGCAGAUGUAAUGCGUCAUGUGAUGUUGUCGUAUGUUUACCUGUACGAUUGUUAAUAAGUAUUAUGUGUACCUAAUGUAGUAUUGUUUGUUUCCAUACUUCAAUCAAGUGCGUCCAGUCAGUUCGCAAUCUCAUCAUGAUUAAGUAUGUUCGAAACCCACAUAAAGCCUCCAAUAUCUUUGCACCAGGUAUAAGUACGGUGUAUUCAAUAAAAAACGAAGAUUUUUUUUUA